AUGAACAGCCAAGUAGAACCACCGGAGAAGAGAAAGAGGAAGAGGAAGAGGACGAGGACGAGGAAGAGAACGAGUAAGAAGAAGACUACGAAUAUGUCUCCUUCUUAUUCAUCACCAUGUCCAUCUUUUUCUUCGCUCCCAGACGAAAUCCUAGUGGAUUGCUUAGCCAGGAUCUCGAGUUCGUAUUACCCAACGCUCUCAAUCGUUUCCAAAAGCUUCCGUUCAAUUAUCUCUUCCGCGGAUCUCAAAGCAGCUCGAUCACACAUUGGAAACACCGAACAGUGGCUCUACGUCUGUCUAUACGAUAGCAGUUUCCACAUUCACCAAUGGUAUAGACUCUUGCUUAACAACCCUAAUAGAACCCGACCCGACUCCAUGAUUAAGAAGAAUAAUAAAACAACUGGACAGUUGCUGGUUCCAGUAACUUUUAAUUACUCUUCUAAUCUUCCAACAGUGUCAGAAUCAACCAUUGCUGUUGGUUCAGAAAUUUAUGUAAUUGGCGGACCAGUGGACUAUGCACCGUCUUCUGCCGUGCGGGUGAUUGAUUGUUGCAGUAACACUUGGCGUGAUGCACCUAGCAUGAAUGUAGCCCGUAAUAACGCUGCCACAUGUUUCCACCAUGGAAAAAUCUAUGUCAUGGGAGGGUGCCAAGGAUCAGAGGACGAAUCAUGGGCUGAGGUGUUGGAUACAAAGACUCAGACUUGGGAACGCCUCACUGAUCCGGGUACUGAGAUACGUAAGUCUCCCAUUAACGGAAUCAGAGAGAUCGAAGGGAAAAUUAAGUUCGGCGGUUUAGAUGAUAAGGUAUAUUGUUAUGACACGAAGCAAUGUGGAUGGGAGCACUGUGUAAACGAAAUGGCAAUAUUUUCGAAGUCAGAAUGCGUGAUGGGGAAUAUUUCAUAUGGAUUUUGGAACAUGCGUUUGUUGUGGUGUGACAUUAUGAAUGGUUAUUGGGAAGAGGUGGAAGGGUUAGAUGCACUAGUAGAGAUGUACAUGAGAAAUGGUAGCUCAAGUGGUUUUACGACUAAACUAAUUGGCUGUGGUGGGAAACUCUUAGUUAUUUGGCAAGGGUAUAUGAGCCAUGAUCUUGAUGAUACGAAGAAGAUUUGGUGCGCUGAAAUCGCGAUAGUAAAGCGUUACGAAGGUCAGCUUUGGGGAAUUGUUGAGAAGGUUGAUGAUUUGCGUACCGUCACCGAAUCAUGUCAGCUCUUGCAUUGCCUCGUUGUCUCGGUUUGAUUGACUUUUUGUAACCAGGUGGGAAUUGGAGAUGGAAGAGGCAAAAGGAGAGCAACAAAGAGUGAAGGAGAUUAAAAAGUUAAGGCUAAUAGCCACAUUUUGUUGAACUAGCUACUAUGGCAAAUUUGUUAUUUCGACUUUGGAUAUAAUUAUGUAAACCCUUUGUAUUUGAUGAA